AACUUCCUUGCUGGGGUUUUUACUCUGUCAACAAGCCGCGUCAGACUUCAGCCAAACGACGUGUGGGUGAAAAACGGAUCCGUUCCGGUAGCGCUUCAAAGUUUCGUCCGUUAUUUUCUUCUCCUUUUAUCGCCGACUCUCUUCACUUGUAAUAAAAUGACUUUUUGCUGGAUUCUUUCAACGGUCCUCGUGCCGUUUUGUUGGAUAUUCGUGUCCGCGGCGCAGAAUUUGACCAACGCCACGAAACAAGUGAACACCACGACGGCCAGACCCACCGUGGCGAACUCCAGCAAGGGGAACUCCACGGACGUUGUGUUUAGUAGUUUCGGCGUGGACAGCUCGAUGGUCCAGAGGGCCAUGUACGUCCUCAUCGUCAUCACCGUAUUCGGAGUGCUUUACUUCCUCGUCCGAGCAGUGCGGAUGAAGAGACCGGCCCAGAAGAAGAAAUACGGCCUGCUGUCCAACUACGACGACUCUGUGGAGAUGGAUGCGAUGGAUAGCGAGGAAGACGACACGCUGUAUGAAGUUCGCCGCCUGCGCAGAUGAGUCCGGCCGUCUCUUAUCUGGUGGAUCGGACCUUCCUCUGCGUGGACAUCAGCUGAUAUUGACGGAAGACCAACAGCUGCUGGAGGAAAACAUGAAAAGGACCAAAGAGACACUAAAGAAACCUGAAAAAUGCCAAAAAUUCCAGCUGUUCCAAGACGCGGAGCAGGAUAAUCAGUCUUUUUUAAAUGUGGUGUUGGAUGGUAGAACUGCUGCUGAGAGGUAGACACUCCGAUGGGUCCUCAUGAAGCCAAAUAGUCCUCUUUUCAUUAUUGUUGUUAUUAUUAUUUCAGUCUUUUUCUAAGAAUUUCCUUAGUGGUUUUCCUGUCUGAGUCUUUGUCCUUUGUGCUUUGAACUACUGUUUCCCGACCUACGAGCUGCUGUUCGGAUCCGACAGCAGCCGCAGGGAGCCAUCAGGAUUUCCCCUCCAUCCUGCAUCCUGCACAGAAAACAAGUGUUUGCAAAACCCCGGUGGUGGGAUUUAUUUUCUGAUGUAUUAAGAUUUAAAGUAUGGAAAUGCAACUUUUUGAAUAAAUGUCUUAUUUCUAAAUAUUUUGGGAGGCUCUGUGAUGGGGCCUUGUUCUUUACAAAAAAAAAAAAAGUUCAUUCUUCUACACAAGAAAUUAUUUUGAUUAAAAAACCAAACAUAUUAAUGACG